GAUUCAUCCAAUAGAAAAACACAACACAUCACAUUUGUUGUCAAAGUAAAACUCUCCAAUCCAAGAACCACAACGUUUUUAUGUGAGCAAGUGGUGUACAAAGAGACAGAGAUACAACGAAGGGAGGAAAGGGCCAGAUGAAGAAGCCCUAAACCAGCGAUUCUUGUCGAGCUUUGGGGAUUUCUUGCUCCGGAUUUGUCCUACAUCACAUUGCCAAGAUCCAUUUUUUCUGGGAUUUACCGAAGUUACUAGAAGCUUUUUCUUAAGCCAUGGCGAAUUCCAAGGGACCAUCUAGGAUUCGAAGCACAUUAUACAACAGCGGGAAGAAUUCCUUGCUCCCCCCUAAAAGCCCAUUUCCCAGCAUAUCCCCUUCCUACACCGAAUACAUCCCCACUUCAAAAACCCUUCCAAAGCACAGAGACCAAAAUUCACACCACCAGCGUACUUCUUCCGAAAGCUUCUUGAUAGACGAGCAGCCUUCUUGGCUCGACGAGCUUCUAGACGAGCCCGAAACCCCCGUCCGAAAAGGAGCCCACCGCCGCUCAUCGAGCGACUCGUUCGCGUAUAUGGACAUGUCUAAUAAUGCAGGAGGCAUGAAUUAUAUGGCUCGAGAGGAUUCUAACAGGUACAAGAAUGUGACGGGGGGAGGAGGCCCACUUUCUCAAUGGGGGUCGUCUCAAGACUUUGAUAUUUACAGGCAGCAGCAGAAUAGUUUCUAUGUGAAUUCAAAUCAGUUUGGCAGAACCAGGAAUAAUAAUAAGAUGUGGGACCCGCGUGGGCUUCCUUCGCCUAAGGGCAAUAGUACACUCAUACAGGAUGCAGAUAAGAAGAAUGUAUCUCUUCCACCCGAAAAAAAGGACGUGGAGGAUCAAAAGGGGCCCGCUGAGAAAAAGGAGGCCAUGCAUGGGAAGUCAUUGGAGACUGACAAUAAACGUGCCAAACAGCAAUUUGCUCAGCGUUCACGGGUCCGGAAGCUCCAAUACAUAGCUGAACUUGAAAGAAAUGUGCAAGCCUUACAGGCAAAGGGAUCUGAAGCUUCUGCUGAACUCGAAUUCACCAAUCAGCAAAAUCUCAUUCUGAACAUGGAGAACAAAGCCCUGAAGCAACGCCUAGAGAGUUUAGCUCAGGAGCAGCUUAUCAAGUAUUUGGAGCACGAAGUGCUGGAGAGGGAAGUAUCAAGGCUAAGGAACUUAUACCAGCAGCAUCAACAGCUGCCGCCACAUCAGCACCAGACGACUUCCGGUCACAGACGGGCAAAUAGCCGAGAUCUCGACCAGCAAUUUUCCAACCUCUCUCUGAAGAACAAGGAAGCCACUAGUCGUGAAUCGGUCUCUGGUCAACCACUUCACAUGUAGUGGGAUAAAUGAGUCGACUCGACUCGCAUUUGCAUGGCUCGGUUUCCCUUUCCUUUUCGUGUCAAAUUAUUUUCCUAUCUCUCUAGUUUUAUCCAAAAGGGACUGUUUGUAAUCUGCUUAUGCUUAGAGCCUAGGGCCGUUUGCGCCUNAAAAGUAAAAAAAAAUGUAGUUGCCUUUGUAAGUUGUGUGAU